UUUUAAACCCGAUAUCAAAGUCGUCGCGGAGGGUACCGAAUGACGCCCCAAAGUCGUUACGGUAACCAUCUCAUUCGGCGGUCACUCCCCCGCCUCGCCACCCCCCACCCUCCUGCUCGAGUUGCUCCUUGUCGAGGAUGUGACCUUCCUGAGCUUCCGAAAAGCAUGAAAGCCAUCCAUCGGCGAGCCUCCACUCGAUGGUGGCCUAGCGCAGCGAGCUAAAGCUAAACCGAGCGCCCGACUCUCCAGCUCCGCGGUAGUUGGCCAUUAACCUCGCUGGUAUCGGGUAGCGAAUAAAAAUAUCUCCCUCUUUCGAACGUUUGCGGGGGGGUGUUCAAACCGAACAGCAUUCGCUUUGAUUUCGGCUCCUGCGGAAUAACCAGUCGGUCAGGUUGUCAAGACGAGCGAGUGCUAAGCGAAGCUAGGCGGCUAGCCCGGGACACCUCGGUGCAGAUUGCCUGAAGAAAGCUUCUAGAAUUGAUUGGGCCGACUCGCCGAAAACGAGCAGAGACAAAUCUGUGGAGAUGUGGGAUGGGGAAGAAGGUGUGAAGGAGGAGGAUGAGAAGCCACUAACACAAGGACCCGCCAAAGUCACGCCCACAGAAAUGACCGACCACCGAGAUGUGCGGGACACGUCAGUCGACACAAUGGAUGGGCCAAACGAGGAAGAGGAGGAAGAAGAGGAUGCCAACACUUUGCAAGGCCACGACGAAGCACAGGGGCAACCCGACUCGUCCCUCGAAGGUAUUGCGAGAAGCCAGUCGCCGUCUUCCCCGCCUCAGGAGCCCGACACCGAUCCCGACUUCGACCCCUUGGAUUUGCACGGCGAUUCGUACCCCUGUCAGCACUGUGAACGGCACUUCUCCACCAGGCAGGGUCUGGAGCGUCACAUCCACAUUCACACCGCCACUGGCCAGCAAGCGCAGCUCUUCAAUUGCCGAUACUGUAGCAAGUCCUUUGGCUCUCAGGUGGGUCGGCGGCGCCACGAGAGGAGGCACGAGAGCGGCCUCAAGAAGAAGCCCGGCUCCUUGGCCGGAACGGCUCAUCUGCUCGGCCCUUUGGUGCAGACGGACAUUUCCGCUCCCGACCGCACAAGCCCUACUAAUCAAUACGCCGCCGUGGGGUCGCAGCUUACGGGAGGACCCGCGCACUUCUCUGAAAUGGCGAGGAAGGAACCUGGCCCGCAUGCCGACCCUCCCUUCGUCUUGGAUGAAAACGGGGCGCCCAAAGAGCUCCAUCCUUGCAAGUACUGUAACAAAGCGUUUGGCACACACACUAAUAUGCGGCGGCACCAGCGUCGAAUACACGAACGACACUUGUUACCCAAGGGUGUUCGCCGGAAAGGCAUGCUGCUGCAGGAGGCGUCGGCGCAGCCGCGGCCCGACGUGUCGCCCAAUGCCGGCCCCGCCCUCGUGUACGUACCCAGCGCCGACACAGAAGACGAGACCGACCGGGACGAUUAUGUCGUAGACAUAUCCAAAAACAUCUCUGAGAACUUGAGCUUCUACAUCGAUGGCAAAAUCGUGUCUACCAAUACGGUGAGCACUUGUGAGGUCAUUGAGGUGGACACUCGAUCGGCCGCCCUUUUUGGUCUGGACGCGGUCAUCAUCAGCCCCAGUCAGCUCAGUCAGGCGCUCAAAGUGGAGGCUCGGGCCAGCACCGCCAAGCAGUCGUCCAACUUCUAUCCGACUUCAUCCAAAAGGCGGACGUCGACGCCGCCUCUUCUUCCCGGCCUCAAAGUCGAGACAGAAACGGCAUCGUCGUCCUUGCCGAACUCGCUUAUCCAGCAAGCGGCGGAUUCGUCGGGAUUCCAACGUGAGAAAACCGUUUAUCUGUCACCGAAGCUCAAGCAGCUCCUCCAGACACAAGACGUUCAGAAGUCCAUCACGCUCAUCGCGGAAAGUCACAGGCUGACCUCGCCGCUUUCCGUCACGCCGCCCCAAGGUCCCCCGAGUCGGUUUAAAAGGCGAACGACCUCACCCCCGUCGUCAUCGCAGCUGGGUUCGCCCUUUACAGCAGAGGCUUGCAAGGCUGAGACGGUGAGCCCGUACGCCCUCAAGGUGCCAAAGCUGGAGAACCUCAGUAGCUCCUCUCUGGACAAGGAAGACACCGCAGCCUUGAGCCCUUGUGGAAGUAACGUCGCUCAAAGCUCCUCCGGCAGCGGCGGCAACACUUGCAAUCAGCAACCCUUGGACCUGUCCAACACUGUCAGUCGAAGAAGCGACACCCCCAACAAGAUCCUCGGCGAUUCGGCUCUUGAUUUGAGCUUGCAUCGGAAGAGCGUCGCCGAUCCGGACGUAAAGGGAAGUGCAGUGCCGCAGCUGCAAGUAAAGAAGAGGAAGCCAAACACCAGCAUGCUUGAAAAGGUACUGAUGAACGAGUACGUGGGUUUGCCCUUGCCGACGGAGGAGGGACCCGCGCCGCUCGCCAACCUGGCUUUUCAACCGCAGUCUCCCAAUGUGGAUUCUGCCCACCCCUCGCCUCCGUCCUUAACCCCCGUCACCAUGAACCCCUCUUCACCUGGCACCUCCAGCGUGACAUCCACAACGCCGCCACCGCCCGUACUCCCCACCAUGCCCUCGCCGCAAGCGAUAGCAAAUUCUCCUCUUUCCCAGCCCUCGGACUCAUCGGCCCAGCGGCCUCUUCCUGUCCUAUCACCAAAGAUGUCGCCAAGGUCGCCGCAGGUCCCCUCGGAAGAGGCGGAGAGUUUGUUCGCCGGCAACGAGGAAGAGCAGCAGCAUUCUGAGACACUGGACUCCCCCGACACUCCACUCCAAGAACCCGCCAGUCCUCCUGCGCCCCUUGAGCCGUCUUCGGUCAGCCCGUCUCCUACGCCGGACGUUUCUUUGACUGAGACGAGCAGCAGCCUGCUGAACGGCGUAACUACCAGAGACCUUAACUCAGGAAGUCCAAAGUCUGAAAACUCCGACUUGGCUGCCGUUUUGCCCCGGCCGGAGUCUUUGCGGACAUCGCCGCCUCUUCUCGCUUCACAUGACCCAGCCCCGUUGCUGCUCCCACACGCAAAGAUAAAAGAGGAGCCUGAGAAUCACACAGAUGACUCUUCUGUCAAAAACCAUGUGCCUCGGGAUGAUGUUGAUUUUUCACCGCAGCCUUUGGAAAAGAAACCCGAUAAGCCCCCCACCACCCAAAAAAGCGACUCGACUUACUGCAAGACCUUUGUUUGCAAUGUAUGCGAGAGCCCGUUUGGGUCCAUGAAGGAGCUCAGCGGGCAUAUCGUCGAGCACGCGUCCGAUAGGCCCUUCAAGUGUGAGUUCUGUCUGCAGCUGUUCGGCGACGCGGACGCCCUUCUCGCCCACCGGACCACGCUACAUGGGGUGGGCACCAUCUUCGUGUGCUCUCUUUGUUCCAAGGAGUUUGCCUUUCUCUGCAAUCUGCAACAGCACCAAAAAGAUUUGCAUCCAAAUGACGUCUGCACGCAUACCUCCGUGGAGAGUGGUAAACUCAGGCCGCAAAACUACACUGACCCAUCCAGAGCCAAAGAAGAAAUUAGCAUCUCCAGACCGGCACAAGAGACUAGUGUGGAAGCGCCGGAACAAAAUGACGCUAGUCCCGCCACGGAAAAGCCUGACGUUAACGGGAAUCACGCCAAUGACUGCGGCGAGGACCCCAAUGAAGAGCUCUACACUACUAUAAAGAUCAUGGCCUCUGAGGGCGGGAAGCCCAAAGGCCCCGACGUCCGUCUCGGCCAGAACCAGCAUUACCCCAGUUACAAGCCGCCCCCCUUUCCCUAUCACAGCCGUUCCCACGCCGGCUCCAUGGCAUCGGCGACCAACUUCACCACACACAACAUCCCGCAGACGUUCACCACCGCCAUCCGCUGCACCAAGUGCGGCAACAGCUUUGACAACAUGCCCGAGCUGCACCAGCACAUUUUGGCUUGCGCCAAUGCCAGCGACAAGAAGCGCUACACUCCCAAAAAGAACCCCAUCCCCCUUAAGCAAAUAGUCAAAUCUCCCAACGGAGUCGCGUCGCCCUCGGCAGGCCAGAGCGCCUUCCGAAGGAUGGGCCAGCCAAAGCGACUUAACUUUAAUCAGGAUGUGAACAAAACAAAAAUGAGUGCCCUCAGUAAGAAGAAAAACCAGCUGGUCCAGAAGGCUAUUUCACAAAAGAACAAAACCGCCACCUCGGCAAAGAAGGCCGCCAUUAAAGUUGAAGAGGCGCAGAGUAACGUCUGCCCCCACUGCGGCCGGGAGUUCACUUACCAGGCCAGCCUCGGCAAACAUAUGGCCGUCAGCUGCCCCAUGAAGCCUGCCAUGAAAAAAAAGGGCAAGAAAAAAGAAGCCGUGUCUGGCGCAGCGGAGAAAACCAUGAGCAAGAAAGAAUGUGAAGCGGCACAAACGGAGCCUGAGCCCAAACCCCUCGGAAAGACCAGAGCUCGCAGCUCCGGUGCGGCGGAACUCCCCGAACCGCCGCAGACGGCGAAAGGCAAAAGUGUGCUGAAGAGGCCCGCGUCGUUCCCGGCGGCGACCACCGCCGCCGGCAAAAAAGCCAAGAAGAGCCAGCCUCAGGCAUCUCCCCCACACACUCCCAGUGACACCGCAGCACAGAAGCAACCCGUCAGGUUGCAGCGAAUGGGCAAAGCGACGCCCAAGAGGUUAGCCGAGCCCAAGUCGUCGUCUCCGCCGCAGCCCAAGAAAGAAGAGCGCUUCUCCCUUCGGAUGCGGGAGAGGCUCGGCGGUCCGGUCACCAGGAGCGCGCAGAUGGCGGGCCCCGCCGUGGAGGCCAAAGCCGAGGACGCACCGACGCCUGAGCUAAAAGACGCGCCGGAGGUGCUGAUGAAGUAAGCCAUGUUGACCUCGUUGGGUUCCUGGGACCUGUUGACCCACACACAUGAGGACAACUCUACUGCCUUGCUGGACUGUUUUCUUUCUUUCUUUUUUCCUCACUUGUCAUACAAACUAAACUGAGCCUCUGUUUUGUUUUCAGCCAGCCUUGCAAAAAAAGAAAAACUCGCUGUAAAUGGCAGUGGGUUAAUAUAUAUAAAUAUAUGUACGAUAGGUGUCAUGACUUGACCCAAAACAGUAACAUUAGGGCUCUGUCGAAAGCUGAUCUAUUGCAAAUGGCAAUCAUGCAUCAGUUUAGGGAAACGCGCGUAUUGCAGCUUUUGUUGUUAUAGGCUUAUUUUGGACAUUUGAAUCUCCCGAAGAGUCUCCUAAUGCAUGCGUAAAUAUAGUGUAUUAUCGAGAUGACAACAUUUUCCAAGUCUCUUACAGUGGCCACUGGCAGCAUUAUUUUGUUUUGUGUUGCAAACUGAUGUCAGAUUGCAAUCUCUGUAGUGCUCUUAUUGUAGAAAAUGUUCUAUUGGCUUUUCAUUUGUGUGGGGAAAUGAAAUGUGGCAGUUGACUGCAACAAUCGGUCCUCAGGAAUUCUGUAUGUGUGUGUGUGUGUGUGUGUGUGAGAGAGAGAGAGAGAGAGAGAAAGAGCGCUUGUAUGGAUGCACAACUGUUAAUUCCUCCAGUCUAGAUCUCAAUGACAUCUCAUGUUUUUACUUGUCUGUUCACACCCGUUUGUUUCUCUGUCGUUAGCAGGCGAUUCCAACGUUAAUGUGAGCCUCAAGCCGACUUAACAUGCAAUGAUAUUGAUCCUUGUAUUAAAACAAAAAAGCAUUUAACAUCCCUCGCACGUCCCUGCAGCACUUUAGAAUCAACUGCCAAAAUAAGUGUAAAAGAUCGGCUUCCUGAAUUCAACAAUGGAAUGUAUUCACUGGUUAUACUUACUUUUUUUUUUCCCCCCUGUAACUUUUCUCAUGUUCAGAAUGCAUGAUUGAAACAUUUUUGAACAAAUAAGUGUAACAACAGUAUCUUGUUCCCACAUUCUUUGUGCAUUUUUUUAAAAAAAAUGUUUGAAAGCCAUGCCAACCGUAAUGUAACAAAAUAGAUGCCGAUGUCCUUCCUUACACACGUUUUAUGAAUACUUCUCCGUGAAUCGAGCACAGACUAUGCAGAUGCUGCUCGUAUUUGUAGCAUGUAUUAAAUUGAACACUAUGCUAAUUUAUAUUUCCACAAUGAAUCAAAAUAAGUGUUUUGCCUUGCAGCGUUAAGGGAAAAAUGGUGUUAAAGGAUGAACAAACAUCUUGAGUGACCUCAAGUAAAACAUUGCUAUAAUUGACCCAACAAAAGUGAUGUUUCUUAACAGUGGCUAUGUCCUUGAAUUUCUUUUGUUACAUUCGUACUAAAAACUGCUGUCAAGUGAGAUGUUACUUUUAUUUUUAUUUUUUUUUUACUCAAAAAUGCCUGCCUUUCCAAAGAUGAAAUACUCAGUCUUAAUUGAUACUAGACAACACAAUGUACAGUUGUGCAGUUCUGUAAUAAACCGACUGUUGUCAAAUUGAA